CCCACCCGCCCCCUCUGUAAAACCCUCCCCUCAACGAAACCCUUUUUUCUCUCUCUCUCUCUCUCUCUCUCUCUCUCUAGCCAUGGCUGUUCGCAUAGCAAAGCUCGUAGCCUUCUCUCUCCUCUGUAUGUCGACCGUUUUUGUCGCCGCAAACUCUCACACCUUCGCGCGCAGCCUCCUCCCCCAAGAGCUCGGGCUCAAGAAGGAGAAGCUGAGCCACCUCCACUUCUACUUCCACGACAUCGUGAGCGGGCGCAACCCGACCGCCGUGCGCGUCGCUGAGGCCAAGAUGACCAACUCGUCGGCCACAGGGUUCGGGGCCGUGGUCAUGAUCGAUGACCCACUGACCGAAGGCCCCGAGAUGAGCUCCAAGGAGGUCGGGCGGGCCCAAGGUAUCUACGCGCUGUCGUCGCAGAACGACGUCGGGCUGCUCAUGGUGCAGAACUACGUGUUCACUGAGGGGAAGUACAACGGGAGCACGCUGAGCGUGCUCGGCCGGAACGCGGUGUUCUCCGGUGUGCGGGAGAUGUCCAUCGUCGGCGGGAGCGGGCUCUUCCGGUUCGCCCGCGGGUACGCACAGGCAAAGACGCACACGAUGGACCGCAAGACCGGGGACACCGUCGUAAAUUACAAUGUUUAUGUCUUCCAUUAUUGAUCCAUGUUCACGAGAUGUCUUUGAAGGCCUUUGUGGAAAGAUUUCUCACAUUUAGUUUAUGACC